AUGGCAACAGUAGGCAAACAUCAGUACAGGUUACGUGAACCAUUUAGUGCAUUGAAUGUACUUAUUGAAAAUUGGGGAAUUUCAUCUCUUUAUUGGGACUCACAAGAUAAUCAACAAACUAAUAAACGGACAACUACCAGUGAUGUGACUGAAAGUUUUAAUCACAGUAAACCCACUAUUGUACAAGACAAAAGACAUCGAAUGCGUAGGAGAACAACGAGCAGCACUUCCAAUACAGAACUACACACAAAAGAUAAACAACGAACUCCAAUAAAUAAUAACGAUAUGGGAGAAAAUUUUAAUAACGGUAACAAAACUAUUCGUAAGAAAACAAAAAGACCCACUUUCAACACAACACUAUACGAAUUGGUAUUCAUAAGCACAUACGCUACAAAUAUAGAAACCCCAACAUCCCAAACGACGGCUUCAAUAAUAUUAACGACAGUUACAACAGAAACAUUAAAAGGGUUGUCGAUUGAAUAUAUCUCUAAGUCACUUCACUUAAUAAAGUCAACACAAGUUAAAAAAAUCAAGCCAAUUCUUAAUAAAACCUUAUCAGCAAUAACUACGGCGGAGACAAUACCACCAUCAGAUAUUUCAUUAUAUUCGCCAAAAUUUUCACACACAUCGAAGAGUACUUUCGAAACUUCAAUUUCAAAUAAAACAUUCUUAGCAGAAACAUCAAUGGAGUCGUCUAUGAAAUUUGUUUUUGAACCCCUUACUUCAACGGCGGUAAUUAAAGUUGAAGAAACUUUACGACCCUUAAACGUUACGUCGUCACCAAUGGUUUCGGCAUUGACAACAUCUACAUUUGUUUCUCAAUUAUAUUCCCCAAUGUCUUCACUUACAUCGCAAAGCACAUUCGGGUCUCAGAUUUCACUGAGUUCGGUUACAACAGUAUCCAUAUUGGGAUCGUCGACUGAACAUACCUCUAGAUCAAUAAGUUUAAUGACAUCAUCUCAAGAUGAAGAAACUGAGACUUCUGUUAAUAUAACAUUGUCAGCGAUAAUCUCGAAGAGGACUAUAUCACCUACUAAUUUUUUAUUAUAUUCGCCAAUAAUUUCAUAUACAUCUGGAACAUUGCUUGGGUCUUCAGUUGCAAAUAUAAUGAGGUUACCAGAAACAUCAAUGAAGUACUCAUCGGAAUUUAUUUCAGAACCUUUUAUUUCAACAGCGUUAAUUGAAGGUGAAGAAACUGGACGUCCUCUAAAUAUCACAUCGCCAUCAUUGGCAACGUCUACAUUUGUUUCUUUAUUAUAUUCACCAAUGUUUUCAUUUACAUCAGAAACCACUUUCGGUUCUCAAGAUUCACUAACAACUGUUACAACAGAAUCUACAUUGGAGUCUUCUACUGAAUUUAUUUCUAAAUCAAUAAGUUUAAUGACGUCAACUCGAGUUGAAGAAACUGAGACUUCUGUUAAUGAAACAUUGUCAGCGAUAUUUCCGACGACGACUCUAUCACCUAUUGAUACUUCAUUAUAUUCGCCAAUAUUUUCAUAUACAUAUGGAACAUCGUUUGGGUCUUCAGUUUCAAAUAUAACGAGGUUACUAGAAACAUCAAUGGAGUUCUCAACGGAAUUUAUUUCAGAACAUUUUAUUUCAACAGUGUUAACUGAAGGUGAAGAAACUGAACUUCCUCUAAAUAUCACAUUGUCAUCAAUGAUUUUGGCAGCGACACCAUCUACAUUUGUUUCUCAAUUUUAUUCACCAAUGUCUUCACUUACAUCGGAAACCACUUUCGGUUCUCUGGAUUCAUUAGCAACUGUUACAACAGAACCCAUAUCAAAGUCUUCGACUGAAUCUAUUUCUAAAUCAAUAAGUUUAAUGACGUCAACUCAAAUUGAAGAAACUGAGCAUUCUGUUAAUAAAACAUUGUCAGCGAUAAUUUCGACGAGGACUAUAUCACCUACUAAUACUUCAUUAUAUUCGCCAAUAAUUUCAUAUACAUCCGGAACAUCGCUUGGGUCUUCAGUUUCAAAUAUAACGGGGUUACCAGAAACAUCAAUGGAGUACUCAACGGAAUUUAUUUCAGAACCUUUCAUUUCACAAGCGUUAAGUAAAGGUGAAGAAAGUAAGCGUCCUCUAAAUAUAACAUCGUCAUCAAUGAGAUCGGCAUUGACAACGUGUACAUUUGUUUCUCUAUUAUAUUCACCAACGGUUUCAUUCACAUCAGAAACCACUUUCAGUUCUCAAGUUUCACUAACAACUGGUACAACAGAAUCCGUAUUGGAGUCUUCGACUGAAUUUACCUCUAGAUCAAUAAGUUUAAUGACGUCAACUCAAGUUGAAGAAACUGAGACUUCUGUUAAUGAAACAUUGUCAGCGAUAUUUUCGACGAAGACUAUAUCACCUAUUGAUACUUCAUUAUAUUCGCCAAUAUUUUCAUAUACAUAUGGAACAUCGUUUGGGUCCUUAGUUGCAAAUAUAACGGGGUUACCAGAAACAUCAAUGGAGUACUCAACGGAAUUUAUUUCAGAACCUUUUAUUUCAACCGCGUUAACUGAAGGUGAAGAAACUGAACUUCCUCUAAAUAUCACAUCGUCAUCAAUGAUUUUGGCAGUGAGACCAUCUACAUUUGUUUCUCAAUUAUAUUCACCAAUGUCUUCACUUACAUCGGAAACCACUUUCGGUUCUCUGGUUUCAUUAUCAACUGUUACAACAGAACCCAUAUCAAAGUCUUCGACUGAAUCUAUUUCUAAAUCAAUAAGUUUAAUGACGUCAACUCAAGUUGAAGAAACUGAGACUUCUGUUAAUAAAACAUUGUCAGCGAUAUUUUCGACAAAGACUAUAUUAUCUACGGAUACAUUGAUAUAUUCGCCAAUAAUUUCGUAUAUAUUAAAAACCUCUUUUGGAUCUUCAGUUUCAAAUAUAACGGCGUUACCAGAAACAUUAAUUAAGUCGUCAACGGAAUUUUCUGAAGCCCUUAUUACAACAGCGUUAACUGAAGUUGAAGAAACUAAACGACCUCUAAAUAUUACAACGUCAUCAAUGAUUUCGGCAAUGACAACAUCUACAUUUGUUUCUCAAUUAUAUUCACCAAUGUCUUCAUUUACAUCGCAAACCACUUUCGACUAA